AUGGUGUCGUUCGCAGAGGGUUAUGCUAUGAUCUCCCUCAGCGAUCAGAAGGGUGGAUGGCCUGCCCUCAUCACCCAAGUUGGGAACCGACGCUUUGUGACCAUCGAUCGCCUGGACGCCAGGUGCGGCAAGAUCUUCCGCAACGACUUCCGCAUGGUCGACGAGGUGAUCAAGCGCAGGAACGAGGCGACCGACGCAGCGAUGAUCCAGGCUGAUUCUGUGGAGGCCGACCCCAUGGGCGACCAAGAUGCGGUUCCGCAAGGUGGUCCCCUCAAGCGCUCACGGAAGGAGUGCUUGGACCAGAUCGCCAACAUGGUCCAGGUUACGACGACUUGCGAGAACGGGGGGUCACACGCCAUGUGGGUUCUGACGUCGGCCAGCCAUCGGGCGCGCUUGAGCGUCGAGUUCCUGGAGGAGAACUUCGAGUGGCUGCAGAAGUCUCCGUCGGCGGAGGUGGACGAGUUCAUCCCUGAGCUUCCAGAGGGCAGCGUCAGUCACAUGAUCAGGUGGUUGAAGUGCCGCCACUCCAUUCGGUGCAACUACUACGACGGCAAGGCCAACAGGUGGCGGUGGAAGAGCAUGACUGUCAAGAAGUGUCAGACGAAUGCAGAGACCCAGGAGGACGCGAACAAGAUUGCAGCAGUGAUGAUGGAGUUCUUUCGGCAGCACCACUACUCGCCCGAGCUUCCGCUGCCGAACGAGGUGGUGUUUGCGUUGCCGCCUGGCGCAUGA